GCCAUCAGGCGCUCUGGACUCUCUGCACAAAGGCCACUUUACAACAGUUUGGUUGCAAAAAUGGUGAAGGCACUGUUGUCAGUCCUCCUGGUCCUGGUGGCUGUGUCAUCUUCCCUGGCCAAACCAGAGAAGACUGCCACCAAGAAGGAGAAGAGAGUUCCUCAGACUCUCUCCAGGGGAUGGGGUGAUCAGCUGAUCUGGGCUCAGACCUACGAGGAGGCCUUGUACUGGGCCAGAUCCAAGAACAAGCCUCUCAUGGUCAUCUUUCACCUGGAAGAGUGCCCACACAGCCAAGCCAUGAAGAAGGUCUUUGCUGAAGAUAAGGAGAUCCAGAAGCUAGCAGAUGAGGACUUCAUUCUUCUCAACCUUGUGUACGAAACCACAGAUAAGCACUUGUCACCCGACGGUCAAUAUGUGCCUAGGAUCAUUUUUGUUGAUCCCUCCAUGACUGUGCGUGCUGACAUCACAGGCCGCUAUGCUAACCGCAUGUAUGCCUAUGAGCCAUCUGAUGCCAAACUGCUACUGAGCAACAUGCAGAAGGCCAAGAAGUUUCUGAAGACGGAGUUGUGAAGCUGAGGACCCCCUCCAUCCUACAUCACUAGCCUACCUGCGCCUCCCUCCUCCACCACCCCCCGUGAUGUUGCAUGGGGCAGCAACCUGGAGUGCUGAAACAACAUCCCCCACCACAGUUUACUGACGUCAAGUCGAGCACUGGAGAAUUAUUUCGAUUUUUAAACUGUUUUGUCUUUUGAGUUACGGAUAAUGGCUUCUGUCAUUGUUUUGGUUUAAUGUACAUUUCAUGUGAAUUUUUAAAAUAAAUGCAUAUG